AUGCGUAAAAAGAGCCGCAAUUUUACGCACAAUUCCGAUCCGGUGGAUUUCACGGACACCCUGGCAUCCUUCCUCGCUCUCUCGCUCUCUCUCUCGCUCUUUCUGUCUGUCUGUGUGUCGGUCUCUUUCCUCCUGGCCCGUUGGCUAUCGCUAGCAGGGUUGCACACCUGCACGCCUAGUCUGCUCACUCACCGCGUGCCAUUCCGCUUUCCCCCGUCCGGCCCGUCUGCCUGCCUCGAACGCGCGACCAAUGGCCAUCGAGCGAACCGACACUUGCGGCGGCUGGUCCCGCCGCGACGGACAGAGCAGAGGCGCGAGCGUCGCAGCCAGCCCUGCAGAGUCGGCCUAGACGCCGCUCAGCGCGUAUUGGAGCAGCCGGCGUCGCGUGCUGCGCUAGUCCCACCCGCUUCGUUCCGCAUCGCCCCGCCUCGCUUCGCUUCGCCUCGCCUCGCCUCGCCUCGCCUCGCCUCACUUCUCCACGUCGGUUGGGGUAGCCGAACUGAGCUGAUCUCUCGUCCCGAGCUGGACCAAUCAGCGGCAGGCUGGGCCCUCGGCAAGCCCCGAGGCGGGCCAAUAGUGGCUACGCCCCCGAUCACCUACUGCCACACUGUCUGUGUGUGGCGCAAGUGUGCACCGUCCCUGCCCUGCAGCCAGACCGAGGCCAGACCCAAGCCAGACCGCCUCAGACAGACCGGCUUUAUCGAUCCUCCUCGUUUGUAUUCGGUGCUUGCGCGCGUUCGAAUCGAUGCCUGCUGCGUGCGGGCCCCGGGGUCCCGCCGGCGUCUUACCUCUACAUCCCGUCAUCAGGCCGAUUUCGCGCGGGCAGGGAGCAGAGGUUUGGACAAAAGGAGGGUCGGAUCAGUCACCGUGCCACAUCCGGAUCCUGUCGAGAGCGCCGAAUCGGGCAGAACCGAGACUCCGGCAGACGGAGUCACGUGCGACCGUCUCGAAGGGACCCGCUUGAGUGAGUUCGACGCCACUCCGACCUGUCUAGCCUCAUUCCAACCCGCCGAGGUGUCAUGUGAGUCAACUUGCAGGUUCAAGAGGUGA